GCCCCGUCCACGGGUUGCGUACAACGUAAAUACGUCGGCGAUUCGCCCCUCUCAGGCAGGACGGACCUCAUGAGAUCUCUACUGUAAACGGUAAGUCGUACCUCUACACUCAUACACUCCUUGUCCUCGUAAUUCACGCGACCGGCGUAUUUGUUUCAGCAACCACUGGCAGUCCCUUCUCUCCUCGCUUGGGCUUUAUUCCAGCUGAAGGCGGCAGAUUCUCUGGUUCGACAGUGAAUACACGUGCUGUAACUUGAAGGACUUGCAACGAUCGACAAGAUAUUUCGUGCUCGAUGGAACAUGGUCACAAAUAAACACCCGAAUGGCUUACAGUUUUUCUUUCCCCUGGACAACUUUUCUUUCUUCUGCUCGCUUCGCAAGUAGAACCGCCGCCGGCUGUCUUCUGUUUUUGGUCGCUGCAGACCGCCUUAAGAGUCACAUAACACCGCCCGGCAAAGAACACAUACCCAGGAUCCUCGCUGUUUGAAACGUUACUGUCUCGCGGAGACUCCGCGAGCCCAUCAUGUCGUCGGCUGUAGCGGAACUGGAUAGCUACCUUCGGUCCAUGCUGGCUUUGAAGCCUCCCGGGAUUACAGGCUCCAAGGUUCACAGUAUCACCAGACUGUGCACCGCCAAUGUUCAAGAUGAACCCGUUCUCAUCCAAAAAGUCUACACCCACUUCAAGAAGGUUCCCGCCACCCACAAGCUGGGCGAUCUCUGUGGUCGACUCUAUAGCCCGGCAUGGGUGGACGCCACUCGCAAAGGCUGGCCGGUCUCCACGAAGCGCCGCGCCGGAUGGGACCUACGCUGGUGGUGUCGAUCGAUUGACCAAGUUGUUGCCCGUGUUGAUGACCGACAUCAUCGACAAUGCCCCGCAAGAUCAAAAGGUACGCAUCCACUAGGCGUGAAUGUUCAGGCUGGGGCUGGGCCUCUGGGUGCUAAUCGCGCCAAUGACCGUAUUCUCCCGCGACCGCUCAACCUUGGACAUGGUGCUGGCAGUUUUUUGCGUUUUCAUUGCUUUGCAGAUCUUAUCACUCACUAUCCACCUUCGGAUCUUUACCCUCAUCGUCUUCUGAUUCAAUCGCUUCUGGCUUGGUUCAUAGAUGUUCAGUCCAAAGGCUCACCGCGCAGCUUCAAGCCUGCCAAUGGCUCGCCCGCGGCAACAGAUACCAUCGGCGAACUCAAGCCGCUGGCCGAUAUGGCUAAACAGAGCGCGGUGACGUCUGCUUCUCCCACCAACCCGCUCGCUACCCUGACCCCAUCAGCCGCGGCUCGGCAUCUCGCCUUAUCAGUCGAUUCAUCUCUCCUGCCACCCUCGACGGCUAACCCAUACACAGGUGCUGCUGCUGAUGCUGGCGCCAUGGUCAAACCAGCUGCCGCUCUUGGUGGUGUUGGCGAGAACCUUGCCAUGCCGCAGCCCCGGGGCCAUAGCCAGACCCCGAGCCCAUUGGGAGCAAUGCUUCCGCAGUGGCCAGCCGCCGCUCCGGCGAUGGAUGGAAACGCGAUGUCCCGGCAGCUUCCCCUGCUGCAAUUACUGUCUCAGCAGGGCAUCUCGCAGGACCAGUGGGCUGCGGCCCUGCAACUCGUCACUAUAGCCGAUACCAUAGGUGCUGCCAGCCCCGCUCAGCUUCCUGGAUUUGGCGCGAUACCGUGCCAGGGCUCUGGUGUCCAGGGCCACCCGGACGUGCAGAACCGUGUCGAUCGUGCUCGCAGGAGGGAUCGUGAAUACUCUAGCUCUCCUCCCGCUGGGUACGGCCGUCCUUCUCACCUUCCUGGUUGGGACCGACGUCACUCUGCCUCGCCGCCUCGCCGCCACGAUAGGCCGGUGCACGACCAGUAUUACAGUGAUUCCACUAGGCGCCAGGGUGAUCCUCGCGAUGCUGGAGGUCGUCAGAGUAACGAAUACCGUAAACGUAGCCCUCCGCACUGGAAGCGCCUGUCUCAUUCCCCGCUGCGGACAGACCAUAAUCUCCCCUCGCCUGGCUCCAAGCUCGUCGAGUGGGACUAUUCCAUCGGCCCGGGUAACAUCAAGGUUCUGAGCCGCACCCUCUUCGUCAGUGGCAUCUCCUCUGAGACUCACCUCCGUUCCCUUUUCAACAAAUUCGGCGUCGUUCAGACCUGUAUUGUCAAUAUCGACAAGCGUCAUGCUUUCAUUAAGAUGAUUAGCCGCGAGGACGCGGUGAGCGCCCAGUUCCGUUCAGGCGAGAUGCAACUCCGCACCCGAUUGGGCGUUGGUUUCGGCCCGCGUGACUGCAGCGACUAUCAGACUGGCAUCAGCGUCAUUCCGAUCGAGCGACUUACCAAUGUGGAUCGCAAAUGGCUGCUCACGGCGAAGUACGGUGGCAGCGGAGGUCGUCCCAUUAAGUCGGGAAUGGUUGUCGAGGAACCAGACAUCGAAAUUGGUGCUGGCUUCUCAUCCAAGGCGAUUAGUCGACGCAUUGCGGCUAGCACUGGCGGCAAGCGUGGCCGGAACUCAGACUGCUUUGGCGGCGGUCGCGGCGGACGUCCAGACCGUAAUGGUUUUGGCCUUCGCCGCAAUUGA